AUGGAUUGCCAGAAGACGAAGGCACCCACUGUCAUUCCAAAGAAGCCUCCUUCGUCGCCGGCCUCUUCCAAUCGCAGAACCAAUUGUCCUUCCUGCGCCAAACCUUCCCUCUUUUGCCUCUGCGUCCGAAUUCAAAACCCCAAUCUCCGUAACUCCAUUGCCGUCACCAUUCUCCAGCACACCCUCGAAAAGAAGCACCCUCUUAAUUCCGCCAAAAUCGCCACUUUAGGGAUACAAAACGUUGUCGUUGCCUCUGUCUCCGAUGUUAACAUCCACUCCACUUUUUCCAUUCGUGUGAUGAUGGAAACUCAAAACCCACCCAAAAAAAGUUCAGAUUUUGAUGAAUCUUCAUUUUACUUUAACACCGCCAAAUACGGAGAGAUGAAAUCACCACCACUAGAGAUUAUCAAUCCUGAAUUGACAGUUGAUGCGUUGUCAAAAGGUCCAGUAGGAUCUAUGCUUCUCUUCCCUAGUGAAAGAGCAGUUGGAAUUCAGGAGAGGAGGAAGAUUGAUGGUCAUAAUGAAGUAAAGAAUUUGAUCGUUCUUGAUGGGACAUGGGCAAAGGAAAAGAGGAUGUACAAGGAGAAUCCAUGGCUGGAUCUGUUGCCCCAUUUGAAGUUGGAAAUGGAGAUGAUGAGUUUGUACAGUGAAGUAAGGAGUCAGCCAAGGGAUGGAUGCUUGUCCACCAUUGAAAGCAUUGUAUAUGCUUUGAAAGGCUUGGGAGAUGAAACUGAUCAUGGGCUGGAUGAACUAUUACAGGGCUUUGGAUCGAUGGUUGAAGAUCAAAGACGAUGCAAGGAUCAAAGAAGAUCAUUGACAGAUUUUUGUAAGAAAUAUGAGAGUGCCCCAACAACCAGAGAGAUCGAGAUGAGUAGUGAGAUUCAGGAGCUUUCUGGGCUGAGAACGGACAUAAUCGCCGUUGACAGUAGCCGCAGCAAUCAAUAG